CGUCCUAUAAAUAAGACACCAUUCCCAUGCAUUUCUUUCUAUAUAGUCACAAAAAGAAAAGAAAAGAAACAAAAGGAAAUUAAUAUAAUGGCAACCACGCCAGGCUUCCUAACUAAUUGGCCUUGGACACCCCUUGGAUCUUUUAAGUAUGUGGUUUUGGCUCCAUGGGUGGCACAUAGUCUCUAUUCUUUUGUGACACGCGACGAGAGGGAAAGGGACUAUACAAAUUUCAUGAUUUUCCCCUUCCUGCUCUUUCGCUUCUUUCACAACCAACUUUGGAUUGGCUACUCCCGUUACCGAACCGGAAGGGGGAAAAACCGGAUCGUCGACAAACCCAUCGAGUUCGAUCAAGUUGAUCGAGAGAGUAAUUGGGACGAUCAAAUAAUAUUGAGUGGGGUAUUCUUUUACGCAUUCAACAAUGCACUGUCAAUAGCUUCACGGUUGCCGGCAUGGCGGACGGACGGCGUGUUGCUAAUGGCAUUUUUGCACGCCGGCCCGGUGGAAUUCCUCUACUACUGUCUGCACCGGGCGUUGCACCACCACUAUCUCUACUCCCGCUACCACUCCCACCACCACUCCUCCAUCGUCACCGAGCCCAUUACAUCGGUGAUUCAUCCAUUCGGAGAGCACAUGGCGUAUUUCGCGUUAUUUGCGAUUCCGACACUAACGACAGUGUUAACACGAACGGCGUCGAUCAUAGGCGUGUUUGGAUAUAUCACUUAUAUUGACCUCAUGAAUAACAUGGGCCAUUGCAACUUUGAGCUCAUCCCCAAAUGGGUCUUUACAUUCUUCCCCCCUCUCAAAUACCUCAUGUACACACCCUCGUUUCAUUCUCUACAUCACACCCAGUUUAGAACAAAUUAUUCAUUGUUCAUGCCCUUCUAUGACUAUAUCUAUGGCACAAUGGACAAGUCAACGGACACUUUGUACCAAACGUCCCUCGAGAGGGUAGAUGACUCUCCAGAUUUGGUCCACUUGACCCAUUUUACCAACCCGGAAUCCGUAUACUUUUUACGGAUCGGGCUUUCGUCUUGGGCCUCCAUGCCCCAGAGACACACGUGGGCUCUUUGGUUCAUGUGGCCGGUCACGCUAUGGACCAUGGUUUUGAACUGCGUCUACGCCCAAACUUUCGUCUUGGAGAGAAAUGUUUUGGACAAAAUCAAGAUACAAUCUUGGGUCAUACCAAAGUACAAAUUUCAGUACCUCCUGAAAUGGCAAUCCCAAGCCAUAAACAGCAUGAUUGAGGAGGCUAUAUUAGAAGCAGAUUCAAAAGGUGUCAAGGUUUUAAGCUUAGGUCUUCUAAACCAGAGUGAAGAGCUGAACAAAAAUGGAGAGGCUUACAUCCAGAAGUACCCAAAGAUGAGAGUAAAAUUAGUGGAUGGAAGCAGUUUGGCAAGUGCAAUAGUGGUUAACACAAUUCCAAAGGGGACUACGGAGGUUCUCCUUAGGGGAAAACUCACCAAAGUCUCCAUCUCCAUUGCUUGUGCAUUAAGCCAGAAAGGGAUCAAGGUGGUUACUUCCUCUGAAAAUGAUUAUGAGAAGCUUAAGCUCGCUGCUAAAUCCCAAAGCAACUUUGUCUUGUCCAAGAGUUUGACACAAAAGGUAUGGUUAGUUGGAGAUGAACUGACAAAAGAGGAACAGAAGAUGGCAAAAAAAGGGACACUGUUCAUCCCCUUCUCCCAAAUACCUCCCAAGAAAUUCCGCCUUCAUGACUGCUUCUACCAUUACACCCCAGCAAUGUUGGCCCCACCAUCUCUCCACAACUUGCAUGCCUGCGAGAAUUGGCUGCCGAGGAGGGCAAUGAGCGCAGCAAGGGCGGGUGGGGUCGUGCACACCUUGGAAGGAUGGAACGUGCACGAGUGCGGCUGCGACACAGAGAUGAUCCCAGUUGAUGACAUUGACAAAGUCUGGAGAGCUGCCCUUAGCCAUGGUUUCCGCCCACUCCCAUUACAGGCACAUCAUUGAACGAUGAGUUUUUUUUCGCCUUAAUUUCCUCCAAGUGCCUUGUUAUCCAUGGAUGUUGUGUGGACUGGUACUUUUUUUCUUCUCUGGAUUGUGUCAAAAGUUUUAAAUAUGUUUAUGGUCAGCAUUGUAUAUGCAUAUGAUGAUGACAUUGUUGUGCACCACAACAUAUGAUCUUGAAAUGUUAUCUCACUUCUUAUGUUUUACACUAAUGUUAGAACUCAGUUCACUCCAAUAAGGUAAGUGUCUAUAG